CGCGAUUUGCGAGAGUAAGUGCUGACGUGUUAUGCAGGAGGAAGAAACAUGGCUCCGCGUUGCAGUGCCGGGGACAUGUUGACGCUUUCCAGAAAUACUGUUGUUAUAUUAUUUAUGGUCAUCACACUAUCUAUUGCGCUGCAGAUAAGUGAUUUUAAAUCGUGUGCGGAUGCUGAUUGUAAAAAUCCCAUAUCAGAGGCUAGGGCUCUCGGUAAACACCAUCCUAGAGAUGCUAGAUUUCUACACUUUAAUGCGGAAGAUACCAUAAUCAUUUUUAGUAAGAAUGCUGGCAAGAGACAAGACCUCUGGGGUGGAGAGGUUUCUGGUAAAGCUGGGUUAAGAGGAUACUUCCCAAAAAAUUUUGUACAAGAGCUCAAGUUAUAUGAGCCCCAACCUAAACAUGUAGUUCCAACUCUGAAUGACCCAGUACCUACAAUGGACGAUAGGAUAUAUGAGACAAGUUCCUCACAUAGUAUCCCACAAAGACAACUACUUCCACAAGGUCACCAACCUCCUGUAUCACAUGAACAGCAAUCCUUAAUUGACCAACAGCACUCUCUUGACCAGACUGGAGCUGACACAAUAGAAAUAAAGGAAGAUCAUAAAAAUACAGAAUUGAGUGAUGGAACUGGAGAUGAAUUCAUUGAUAUGAACUAUAAACCAAUAAUUGAAGUGGUACCUGACGUAGCUGAUCAGGAUGGCAUUUUUAAUCAUAAUCUACCAGAUAUAACCAAUGAUCCUGAAAUGUCACGGGGUGACAAGAAGCAAGUAGAUGAAGUAACAAAGGAAACUAUUGAAUUAAAUGGACGAGAUGAAGUGAUAGAUUUGAUAUCUGACAUAUUAGAUGAAGAUCAGUAUGAAGUUAUUGAUGGAACAACAAUUUACUUUGAAGACCUUGGAUAUGCAUCAGAUGUCUUGACAACUGAGGAUGCCAUGGUAACAGCAUCUACCAUAGAUAUUACACAAUCUGCUGGAGAUGUGCUGCACACUUUGAGAGAAUCAUUACAUCCGACAGCAGUGGAAACAAUUUUACUCCAAAAUUCACUAUCAGAUGUCCAUACGACAAGUGAUGUACUACAACCAUCAGAAGUAGUGUUCAAAUCCAAUACUCAUGAAGCCACUGAAAGUUUACACAACCCUGUGAGCUCAGUGGUGGAAGUAGUGGAUGCCACGCAUGUACAAAUAGAUACUGAAACAGAUACUAUACAGGACUUUUUGUCACAUCAAGAAGAGUUUAAUGAACUUUCAAAAGUGGAAUCCUGGGAUCAUAUAGAACCAUUAGAUGAAGUUGAUGAGAAUCAUGUGAUUGAUGAAGACACUACCACACCUAGCUAUAGAAUUGAUGAGUUGAUUGCACUACCUCCUACAGCAUAUCCCGAUUAUGCAGAAGAUAAUAUAGAAGCCGGAAGACGUAAACUGCGUGUAGACUGGGAGAAAGAUUUUGAUACUGACGACACAAUUGCAGAGGAUUCUGGGACAAGCUCUGGGAAAAUUAAUGUGCCUUUAUACAAUACAUGGUUUGAUGAUUACAUAGAUAUUACCAAUCUAAUCAUUGAGCCAUUAUUAUUGAUGAUGCCAGAAAGCAUGCGUAUGUCAUUGCAGGGAGAGGACUUUUAUGGUAUUCCAUGGGCAGGUGUUUUUAUUACCUUGAUGAUUGGAAUUCUAACAUUUGGUUUGUUGAUCUGUAAAUGUGCUUAUGGAUUGUCCGGUAAGAAGAUGGUUGACCCUGAAGUUGUUGAAAAGCAGUUAAGACAACAGGUACAAGUUUUAAAAGAUGAAAAAGAGGAUAUCCAAAAUUCACUUGUCAAUGUUGAAAGACAGGUACAUUCAUUACGGAGUGAUUUAGAAAAUAAAGUACUAUGUAUAGCUGAUCUGAGUGACGCUAAACAAAAUCUAGAGAAAUCAUAUCAUGAGGUAGAAUCAAGAAAUGUGGAACUGAAUGAUAAAAUACAGCAGUUACAAAGUAACUACGUACAACAAGCAGAAUCACUUGAUGAACAGCGCAAACUUGUAACCAUGUACCAAGACCAAAGUUGUGAAAGCAUGGCAAAUGUUACAAUACUACAGCAUAAAAUACAAGAGUUAGAAUCCUCCUACAAUGAUAGCAACACACUUCUUACGCAACUUCAGACUGAACUUGAUAGCAGUAAAGAACAGAGCAGCAUUCUGGAAUUGACUAAAGAACAGCUUUUGAAAGAAGCACAAGGAUGGACUGAAAGAGUUGAUGAAAUGAAUGAAAGAAUUGUCAGCUUGACCAAUGAAAAGAAACAAUUGGAUGAAACUUUGGAAUACAAGAACAAUGAACUUGAGGUUCUCAAAGACUGUUUGUUGCAGUUGAAAUCAUUAGAAACAAUGGAUGCUGAUGAUGAUGAAAAUUCAGGACUUAACAUUGAAGACAAAAUCAAACACAUGUUGGAUGUUUCCAAGGUGAAUGCUAAGCUGUCUAUUAUUGAAGAAGAAAGAAAUAGUUUAGAAAGCAGGUUGCAAUCAGAAAUCACUUCACGGAUACAGUUAGAAGACCAAAUAGCCAUUCUUAAUAGACAAGUUGAGAGUCUUGGUAAAGAACAUGGUGAAGCAGAAAAGCAAUAUUCAGAGGCUCAGACAAAAUUAACUAUAUUAUCAGAGUAUUUCAAGGAAAAAGAACUGAAAAUGCAGAGACAAAUUGGUAUUGAGGAAGCGCUCAAAAUAAACAGCCAGACUAAACUGGAAAAUGUGGAAAAGAAAGCUGCAGCUUCUACAGAAGAUGCUAUCAACUACAGGAAACAAUUACAAGACUUGAGAAAAGAACUGGAAGAAGUAGAGAGAAACUUCAGAACUGAGGUUGCUUCAUAUGAGAAAAAAGCACAUGAAAGUUGGUUACUGGCAAGAUCUUCUGAGAGGGAGAUGAAUGAAGCGAAACGUGAAAGUGCAACUCUCAGACAAAGAGUUACUGAAUUGGAAGAACGAAUUAAAACUGUCUCAGCAGCAUCACCAGUUGUCAAACCAUCGCCAGCAUUGCGAUCCAGCUCACCACACAGAAUGACUAGUGAAAGACCAGGUCCUCCAAGGAGAGCCUCACCUCGAGAUAAUGAUAUGCAUCCUUCACCACCUUAUUUAGAUCGAGAUGGGGGUCUUCCUCCCCCAAGAGGUAGAAUGGUACACCCUAGAGGGAUUGGACCUUUAUUGCCACAUGGCAAUGUUACUUCAUCUGAUAUUGGACCACCUCUAGAUAGGAGAGGUCCAAGGGACAUAGGAGACAUGGCACCACCACCAUUUGACAUGACCAUGCCACCACGGCUGAUGGGCCCCCCACCAAAAGAUCUUGCAUCUCACAUAGGCCCUCCCAUGCCAAUGGAUUCACCACUUCCAAGAGAAUUUCUGCGUGAUAGUAAAAGGCUCUCUCCUCCCAUAAGAGAUUAUGGACCACCACAACCUGGUGAUAUGAGGCUACCACCACCAAGCCACAUGGGACUUCCACGCGAAGCUGGUCCCUUUCCACCAAGGGAAUUUGGUCCUCCACCUCCACCUCCACAUCCAGAUAUGCUACCUUCACGAAGAGACCAUGCCCCUCCUCCUCAAAUGGGAAGAGGACCACCUCUCAGGCGACCACAAGUCCGACGUUCUUCCAGACCAUCUAGUAGAGCAGAUGUACCCCCUCCACCAUUCCGUACUUCAUCACCUUUGGAUGACCCAAUGUUAUUCUCACCUGGCCUUGUUUGUCCACCACCAAUGCAUNNAGGAAAUAUUCCUCCCCAUGAAGGCCAUCAGCCACCAACAACUAGUCAUCAACCACCAACAACUAGUCAUCAACCACCAACAACCAGUUAUCAACCACCACUAUCAAAGACAGGAUUCCAGCCAGUACAUCCUAAUUCACAACACAGAAAAUCAGUGCCACCCUGACUGCCACUGAUAUUGUUUCAAUAUUUUGUAAUAUUUUUACUUCGUGUGCAAUAGUGAAUUUAUUAAACUGCAUCAAAACAACCCUGGAAGGAUUCUCUUUGUAUAGUAGGGUUGUUAUUGCUCUAAAUAUUGCUGAUGGUGCUAAGAGCCCAAUAAAAACUUAUUACAUCUG